UUGUCUUGAUUAAAUUCAGAUCCAGGAAAUACUCACAUUUGUGAAAUUGUCUGUAAUUUUAAAAGUGCAGGCAUUAAACUUUUCACAGAACAAGGUGGGGAAUUGGCUUUAUUGUACAGCAAGAGCAGAGCACAUAACUCUUGAACCAAGUCUGCCGCUAUGGGUAUCUUCACACAUUCUGGUCUCUGCUCCAACAUGUGGUUCUCUUCCAGAACAUCUCCUGGAUCUGUUUCUAUUGUUAUGACACUGUUUGUGGUAAAACAGGUCUUAGGCUCUCUGCUGCAGAAAACGACGACGAAGUGGCUGAAGUAUAAAAAAGAUUGCUUGAAAAAGUUACAAGAAUCUGCGGUAGAAACUGGAAUAUAUUGCAAUGGGACAUUUGAUCAGUUUGUUUGCUGGCCUUAUUCACUUCCAGGAAAUGUGUCUGUUCCUUGUCCUUCAUAUUUACCCUGGCUGAAAAAUGGAAGUGCAGGAAAUGUAUACAGAGUCUGCUUGGACCAGGGAAUCUGGCAAACAGAAGAGAAUUCAACAGAUAUUUGGCGUGAUAAUUCAGAGUGCUCUGAGAAGAAUCACUUCACUCCACAAGAAGAAGAACACAUGUUACUUUCCACACUACAGCUACUAUACACGGUUGGAUACUGCUUGUCUCUCACUUCCCUUGUAUUAGCUCUACUUAUACUUCUGCUCCUCAGAAAACUUCACUGCACUAGAAACUACAUCCAUAUAAAUUUAUUUGCUUCAUUUAUACUGCGAGCCACAGCAGUUCUUAUAAAAGAUACCAUAUACCAUAAUACUUAUUCAAAAAGACCAAAUAAUGAAACUGGAUGGAUUUCCUACUUCAGUUCGGAGAUUUUAACCAUUUGCAGGACUUCCCAGUUUUUCUUGCAUUACUUUGUUGGUGCAAAUUAUUUUUGGCUUUUAGUUGAAGGUCUUUAUCUCCACACAUUAUUGGUGACUGCUGUGCUCUCUGAAAGGCUACUGCUGCAAAGAUAUAUUGUGAUAGGAUGGGUUAUUCCAGUUCUGUUUGUGGCCCCCUGGGGAAUAGCCAGAUCAAAACUAGAAAACACAGGGUGCUGGGGAACAAAUGACCAUAUGGGAAUCUGGUGGAUCAUCCGAGGGCCAAUGUUAUUUUCCAUUGCAGUUAAUUUCUGCAUCUUCCUAAAAAUUCUAAAGUUGUUAAUUUCCAAACUCAAAGCCCAACAAAUGAGCUUUCAUGAUUACAAAUACAGAUUGGCAAGAUCUACUCUGGUAUUAAUACCUUUAUUGGGGAUCCAUGAGUUUGUCUUUACCUUCAUCACUGAUGAACAAGUUGAAGGAUUGUCAAGACAUAUAAGACUCUUCAUUCAAUUAACAAUGAGCUCCUUUCAAGGUUUCCUUGUAGCAGUUUUAUACUGCUUUGUUAACGGAGAGGUGAAAGCAGAACUCCAAAAGCAAUGGUCCCGCUUCCUGCUGGCUGAUCCAUUUGGCUGCAUGCAGUGCUUCCUUGGGGAAAACAUCAAAUAUCUGGGGAAAUGUUCAAAGAAGCAAAAACAUCAGCACUUUGCCAAUAACAGGUUGUGCAUGGAAGUGAGCGAGCCCUGGGCUGUGCAGCUCCAGCAGGCGCUGUUGAAUAGGAGAGCAGUUCUUAGCUCAGAGCCAGGCCCUACUGGAAAGCCCUACCCCAGGGUAAGUGUGUCCGAUAGCAGCGAAGGAGAAGUCACAACUGGAGAGACAACGGAGGAAGUCUUUGAAGAAAGUGAGAUUUAGAAGGCUCUUUUAAAGGACAGCAUAAUAAAGGCACCGUCAGAAGGGACGUCUUCCUCCCCCACAAGCUUUGUUCCUGCAACAGGAGAAAAAGAAUGGAAAGUUUCUUCCCAUGGGCUAUGCAGUGUUGCUGUAGCCAUCUUGGUGCCAGCAUAAUAGACAGACAAGGUG